GACUGCUGUUAGAACAGAACACACAAUUUCGCGCCAUUUCAAUGAUUACUACUUUUCAUUGCAGUUUGACUUUAUUUCAAAAAUGCACGUACGCGUAAGAAUAUUUGGUAAACCCGACACCGUGAUCGCGGUUAACUCGAAACUAACUAAAAUUGAACAAUUUAGACAUAUCAUAAAUGAUGCGUUUAACAUAGACCCAAAAUCUCAACGGCUGUUAUACGGCGGCAAAUUGCUGGAUGAUGGAUACACAUUCCAUGAUUACAACAUUAAACUUAACGAUGUCAUACAACUCAUGGUGUGCUCACAACCCGUGGCAGCGGCUGAGGUCAAAAAAGAGGCUGAGACCAAAACUGAAUCUAAAGAAGACAUCAAGACCAAAGAGAUAAAUUAUAUAGAUGCUGAAAGCAUUAUAUAUCAAAUUGGAGAUUUAAUUGACAUGAAGGAUCGAGAACAAGGUGCCUGGUUUGAAGGUAAAAUAGUGAGGAUAGUACAGGAUCCUGAUGCUCCCGCUCUAGCACCAGCCAUUGUCAACACUACCACUAGUAUCACUAAAGCAAGUGCAGAGGAGGAAAGUGAUUCAGAGAACAAGCCACCAAGUGACUCAGAAAACAAGCCACCAAAUGAGACUGCUAAUAGUAACUCUGCAAAACCAAAAAAGAAAGGUAUUGCUGAUUAUUUCACAAAAACUCCAACAAAGAAAGCUAUUGAGAAAGUAGGGAAGCCUAAAAGUCCAAAGGACCGGCCCACUGGUGGGCACUUGUUGUACAAAGUGCAGCUGGAUGAUGAUGAUUGUGACACAUUCCAUUAUUGUAAAUUAAAGGAGAUAAGACCAAGAGCUAGAACGGCCAUAGAAAUUAAAGAUCUGAAAGUAGGGCAAACAGUUAUGAUAAACCAUAACACAGAGAGCCCAUUAGAAAAAGGAUAUUGGUAUGACUUUAAAAUAGAAGAAAUAAAGAAACUGCGUGUUACUCAUGAGCUCAUAGGCACACUGUACCUGGGCCCCGAGGCGGUACCGCAGAAUGACACUAGAGCUCGUGUGCACGACAGCGUCUUCGCCAUCGAGGACAUUGUGCCCCUAGCCGAGAGAACUGACCACUACAAACAGAUGAUGAUAACUCAACCUGACAAACGUUCAAUGCCUCUGAACUGCUUGACGUGCCGCGAUAAUGAAAAUGCGCGUUGUAAGGAUUGCGGAUGUUUCCUGUGUUCAGGAAAAGAAUUUCCUGAUAAAAUAGUGCUAUGCGACGAGUGCAACAAGGGCUUCCACAUGAUCUGCCUGGAGCCGCCGCUGACUGAGCUGCCGGAGGACGACUGGUACUGCCCGGGCUGCAAGCGCGACGCCAGCGCGGUGGUGGCGCCCGGCGCCAGCAGGCAGCGCAAGAAGGCGCCCGCCUCCACCACCACCAGGGACUGGGGCCGCGGCAUGGCGUGUGUCGGAAAGACCAAAACUUGCUCCAUGCCUGCUAAUCACUUUGGACCCAUUCCCGGCAUUGAAGUCGGCAUGUGCUGGAGGUUCCGGAUACAGCUGUCGGAGUCGGGCGUGCACCGGCCGCCCGUGUCGGGCAUCCACGGCCGCGACGAGGAGGGCGCCUACAGCAUCGUGCUCUCAGGAGGGUACGAGGACGACCUGGAUCACGGCGACGAGUUCACGUACACGGGCAGCGGCGGCCGCGACCUGUCCGGCAACAAGCGCACCGCCGGCCAGUCCUGCGACCAGACCCUCACGCGCGAGAACAAAGCGCUGGCGCGCAACUGCGCGGUGGCAAAGGUAUCGGAGGAGGGCGGCGACGCGGGCGACGCGUGGCGCGCCGGCAAGCCCGUGCGCGUCGUGCGCUCUUACAAGAUGCUCAAGCACUUCCCCAAGUACGCGCCCAAGGAGGGCAUCAGAUACGAUGGCAUCUACAAGGUUGUGAAGUACUACCCGGAGCGAGGGCUGGCCGGGUUCCGCGUGUGGAAGUACCUGCUGCGCCGCGACGACCCCGAGCCCGCGCCCUGGGCGCCCGGCGCCAAGCUGUUCCCCGCCAUCUACCCCGAGGGCUACUUAGAGGCUGAAGCUCUUAAGUUGGCACUGAAAGCAAAAAACGCUAAAAAUGCCAAAGCGCAAAGAGCAGGGAAGAAACGUGCCAUUCGCGAGAUGUCCACCUCCUCGGAGGAGGACGAGGCGCCUCCGAAGCGACGCAAGAAUAAUACUCCAGCUCAAAAGAAAAAGAGUCCAGUUCAAAAGAAUAAAAUAUUAAAAUUCACAUCUCCGACAAAAAAAGCGAUGGCGAGUGGUUCGAGUCCGCCAGUGAAGACCGAGAGAGGGCUGAGUGACGAGGAGCGGCAGGUGAUCGCUGCCGACGUGCUCAACGCCAAGCUGUGGACCGAGUGCCUCAUGGUGGCCGAGACGCGCGGGAAAAAGGAGUUCGUGGAGUACGUGAGCCAGAUGUUCCUGUGCAUUAUCUGCCAGGAGGUGGCCGCCGGCGUCGUCACCACGCCGUGCCUGCAUAACUUCUGCGGGGCAUGCCUAAAGUUAGCUUUCAAGUCGAGGGGAGCGCGACGGGAGUGCCCGUGCUGCCGCGCGGAGCUGGGCGCGGAGCCGGCGCACAACGCGCAGCUUACGGCCGCGCUGCGCGCCGUCAUGCCCGGCUACGACGCCGGACGGAACUAGCCAACACCGCACCGCACCGCCCGCCCUCCCGCCUCGCCUACAGACGCCGACCGCGACGCCGACCGCGACCGCCUACGCCUAUACCAGGUACACGGACAUUUUGCGGAGACCAAACAGACCUCGAUUUUAAUUACCAGCGAUGAUUGUUUUACUUAUUAUUUUUAAAGUUGAUUAUUACCAAAAAACACAGGACGUAUAUUAUUAGUUAACCUUCAUUAAAAAAGCGACUUGUUCUGAUACACUUUAUUGGAACAUGGUUUUCACAAGUUGAUUUAUCGCGGACCUCACCCAGCAUCAGAUAUGCUGAUAUAAUGAAUGAAAAAUGAUAAAUUAUUUUUAAUGUGCAGAGGUAAUUAAAUUUAUAACGAUUUUUUAAUGCUUUACUCGAAACACAUGAGACUGAUACCAGAAUUCAUAGUACAAAUUUCCAUCAAAAUAUAAAAAACCGUAAAACUUGCGUAUUACUAUGUUGGGCGACUAAAUGAAACAAAUUGAAAUGUUCAACGCACAUCCUCAACAAACAUUAUAAUUACUUCAUUGAUUUAUAUCGAAUCAACGAAUCACAUAGACUGAAAUAAUUGAUUAUCUCAAUUUGUAUUAAUCAUAAUUAAUAUCCAUCGUAUUAAUUUCGUCGUAUCUAAGCUAAAAUGUAUAUGAUUAAGUGUUAAAGACUGUAUAGUAAUGUUGAUUAUUUUACUACCUCUAUAGAUUUAAGCAGGCAUAUUGUAUUACAGGAAAGCUAAGAAAUAAUUCUCAGGCAAUGCAAUGUGGCUUGUUCAUAUAACAUGUAUCAGCACAAGGUGCUAACUACAAAUAUAGUGAUAACUACAUGUUAAGUAUGUAUGUUAAUUGUGUUAUUGUGUAUAAGAUGGCAGCAGGAAGAAGCUGAGCUUCUGUUUGUUGGUGCUUCUGACGCUGCGUUUCACAACUUGCACUCGGUACAAGUCACAAAAUAAAUAGAGCCUUGCAAUAGGGUAUUAUUAGUACCAGGGAUCGAACAUUUCCUAACUUUAUCGGUGCAGCGUACUUGAAUUAAAGGUUAGUAUUUGAAUUAAAUAUCACUUAUUGUAAAAGACAAUUUUUAGAAAGAUGAUCCAUUCAGGUUUCGGUUUACUGUUAUUUAUAAUCGUCUUCCUCGCGGUGUCUGCUUGGCAGCUAGUCCCAAGAAUAGGCGUAGUCACUCGUUUCUACGAAAGCGAUUGCCAUCUGACCUUCCAACCCAGAGGAGAAACUAGGCCUUAUUGGCAUGUCUGGUUUCCUUACAAUGCUUUUAUUUUUGCUAUUAAUUCUAAUUAAUGAGUUCAACUGGAAUUAGUGAUCCCUUUAACGCAACAAUGCUGCACUGCAAUAGAUACAAAAUUUCUAUAAAAAAAUACUACACCGUAGUGUCAGUUUUUUGUUUGGCCAUAUUCCAAUAGAGGAUAACGCUAUUGGCUGUGUUCUCUGGUAAUAUAUAUUAUUUUAUUUAUAUUAUUUUCAGAGCUACUGAUAUGUGAGAACGAAAUCUUCAUAAGAAUUCCACUGUUUUUGUUUAUGUUUGUUUUAGUUUUAUAAUUUCUUGAUUUUAGUGGAGAUCGCAAUGCCGUUCUUUAUUGAUCUUUUAAAUUAUGAGAAUACCCAACUGGCAAAUUAAUAUUGUUUAAAUUUCUCGUUCUUAUUAAUCUAGUAUAAUUUUAUAUAUUUUAACUCGCGACAAAAAACACACCAUUCAAUUAAACUUUAUACUUAAAUUGUAACAUACUGCUAGUUGGGUACAUUUUCUGAGUACUAUUUUUUUUAAAUAAACUUUUAA